AUGUACGCCGCUCAGAAUAUAACGCCAACAGUUUUGGAUGCCAUGAACGGAAAUGUUUCUGAAUGGUAUAACGAAUGCGACAAUGCCAUUAGAAGGUCAGAAAUAGUUCCUGGAACUUACGAAUAUACAACUGCUGUUUCUUAUGGAAACGUAGGUGAGUUUGGAGAAGGUUCUUCAACAACAGUAGAUAUUGCUUGCGACAGGUUUCAUAUUAUUUCUAUUGACAACUCAUUCUUAUACGUGGAACAAGACAUUGAAAUAAAACCUUCUGCCAAGUUGUCUGACAAGAAAGGUUGCAAUGGAAUUUUCUAUGUCGGAUACCAAUAUGCUCCAGAAGUUUUCAUGGGAUAUAAGAUAUAUUCUAACUCUGACUUAGUUCAAACAGUAACAUGGGCAAACUAUGAAUGGUUCGCUUUGAGAAACUCAGUACAACCACAAGCUAGAGAACAAACAGACCAGUAUGCAACUAUUGAGAAAAUAAGAAGACUUGACCCUAACGUUCCAGGAGUUUAUGUUAACCUUUCUGGACAAACUGCAGCAGCAGUAACCAAAGUAAAACUGAAACUUAGAGUUCCUUUGUCAUCUUUCCUCAUCUUCAGGUUUUUAAGAUACUUGCCAAACUGGGCAGGAAAAAUUUCUAUCGAACUUACUCCAAGCAAAAAUAACUUAG